AUGGCUUCUCGGCACGUCGCGAAACCCACCUUCUUCCUUUCGGAUCUCAGCACGAUGCGCGAUGGUCACAUCGUGCUGGGCAACAUUUUCACCGACCCGUUCCAGGUGGACGACAAGGUCGCCGGCCCGCUGUCCAAAGUCGGACCCGGAGACAUCCCCGCGGGCGCGACGCAGUCUGUGACCGAGACGGGCCUCUACCUCCGCGAGACUCAGGCGUCGUCCUGGGGCGCCAGUCUCCUGGCCAAGUUCCUUUCCAUAUUCCACAUCUCCGUUGGCGCCGACCGCGGGCGGGAUCUAGAGGUCGUGUAUGAGGUCGCCAACCUGGAGACCGUCACGCUGUCGAGCGUGGGGCCGUACAUCCGCCAACGCAUCGCGCGACCGAGCGAGGCAGCCCUGCAGAAGGAACUGCUCAUGGGCUUCAGCCCCUCCUUGUACAUGGUCACGGGCAUCAAGUACUCCAAGGGCCUAAAAGUCUGGACCAUCGCCGGGAGCUCGACGGAGGGCGGGGCCGAGCUCGGUGGGGCCGUCUCGCCCGACGCAUCCGCAUCCGCGUCCGCGGGCGUGCACGGGGCGAGAGCUGCAUCGCGGUCGUUGGCUCGGACCAUAGAGGGGGAGAUUGUGCUCGCAUACCAGCUGACGAAAAUCACGCCAAAGAAGAUCAAAACGGUCGACGGUACCUUUUUGUCAGACAACGGCAACAAGGAGAAGAUUGAUGUAGAAAUUGAGGGCGAGUUUGGGCUUGAAGGGAUGGAGAAGGCGGCAGUUGACGGAGGUUUAGACCCCUCCUCAGACCUUGGUAUCAACUCCGUCUGGGUUGAAGGUGGCAGCGAGGGACACAACUACUCGCGUGUGUUUGCUUUUUUGGACUAG